AUGGAGGAGCAGUAUCGGAGCCCAACCAAUUUGCAGGAAGCUGGGUAUGCGCCUGUGUGGACAUCGCGACUCGGAUACCCAGGAGAGAUUCCCGAGGACAUCGCAGGGUUCAUCUGCCCUGAUGUGGAGAAAGGUGACUAUCUUGUGGGCCCACUCUCAAGCAUUUUCUGGCUUAAGAAAGCUGAGUUCCUUAAUGAACUCAUUGUUGAUCCCAGUCACAAGCUAGAGGACACGGUCUAUAGAAUACCAGAUGGAGGCCCAUGGUUCUGGCUUGUUGAGGCCUUAUUUGACCAGGAUAUGAUCCCAUGGAGAUACAUGAACCGGAUUUCGUUCAGUUUUGAGAGCCUCGAUGAAGCGCUUCCUCAGUUUCCAAUCGGCCACAAUCUCACUGCAAAAGGCAACAUUCCUCAGCAAAUCACAACCUCUGCACAAAUUUACGAAACAGAAUCACUUUUUCCGUUCUUCCGCGCUCCCGUUCCACCCAACAUCUCUGCAGCAAAGCUCAAGUGGAACCGCAAGAAAGGAAAGUUUGUCAAGGAGAUCGAGAGUGUUUUGGGUGACAUGAACAAGGGGCGAAGAUUAUAUCGGGCGGUCACACAAAAGGCAAUCGUGAGCCUUAUGGCUCUCUUUUGCCCCGUUAUCUCAUCAUCAUACAAUGAAAAUGAGUUCGGGCCAGGCAUUUAUACUUCGCCUUCCUUGGAAACGGCAGUCAAUUACUGCAUCCCAGGUUCUGCACUUCUGGUUUUCGACGAGCCACAGUACCUCUCGAGAUAUACUCUGACAGGAGAGGAGUGGGACACAACAGUACGCUUUUGGACUGGUCUCCAGGUCUGUGAUGUUGCCGGCCGAGUCCCACCCAACUGGCGAGGCGUGGAUAUCCUGGAAGGGGCCAUCUCGCGCGAGGCAACCAAGCCAAGGACUGGAAGGGUGGAGGGGAAUGACCUCCAGGUCGUGGGGGUAUCACUUGCUUCUGUUCAGGCAUUCGCAUCCGCUCUGCGGAUGGUGAUUUGGUUCACCUAG